UGUCUGCUCCUCCGCCACUCGUCUCCACCAGGGCACCCGGCCGGCUCCUCUGAUCGCCGGCCGCCUCUGAUCGCCGCCUUGCCUCCCGCCGGCCGCCGCUCGACCGCACCGCCGGAUCAUCCGCCAAGGUACAGGCGCAACCGACCUGGCCUCCCGGACCCUCUCUGGCUCCGGCUGCUGCUCCAUCGUGCAUGCGUCGCAGACGGAGAAGGAAGAAGGACGAGGCGGCCACCACCAAGCCAUGAAGAACGCAUGGCAGGCAAACUCCGGCAUGAGCACAAUCAGCAGGGAGCCGGUGCUGUCCAAGACCACCGAGAGGGGGGAGAAUGACAGGCUCGAGUACGCGGUGUCGUCCAUGCAAGGUUACCGUGCCAACAUGGAAGAUGCCCAUGCAGCUGUUGGAGAUCUUGAUGUUUCCACCGCCACAUCGUUCUUUGGUGUUUAUGAUGGCCAUGGAGGACCUGCUGUAUCAAUGUUCUGUGCGAAACACUUCCAUCUUGAGGUCCAGAAGCAUCCACACUACAAUGACAGUCUGCGUAUUGCGGUGGAGAGCGCGUUCUUCAGAAUGGAUCAGAUGAUGAUGACAGAGGAGGGACGGAGGGAAUUAUUUGAGUAUAGCCCUGCUAAUAAUGCCAAUACGAAUUCGACUGUCAAGGAUAUGUUGCUCGGUUGUGCUUGUGUAAACGUGAAGAGACGCCCCGGGCCAGCAGACGUAGGAAGUACCGCCUGUGUGGCUCUCAUCAGAGGCAACCAGAUCAUUGUUGGGAAUGCUGGUGAUUGUCGCUGCGUAAUCUCAAGGAACGGUCAGGCAACUGUUUUGACCACCGAUCACAAACCGAGUGUGCCGGCUGAAAGACGGAGAAUAGAGAACGCAGGACGCUCUGUUGUAGUUACUGGAGGAGCAGGUCGCAUCGAUGGUGGAAUCGCGGUCUCCAGAUCGAUCGGUGAUAUGAGGUACAAAAGCAAUAGCCGGCUGACCCCUGCACUACAAGCACUGACUUGUUCUCCUGAGAUUCGCGUAGAGAACAUAACUGAUGAAACUGAGUUCCUUGUUAUGGCAUGUGAUGGAGUCUGGGACGUCGUGCUAAACCAGGGCCUGGUUGAAAUUAUACGAAACAACAUGAAAUCUGGGAUGGACCUUGGGAAGAACUGCGAGGCCAUCCUUGACAUGUGCGUAGAGCCACCGCAACCGUCGGUCGACAACAUGACCAUCCUGCUGGUCCGGUUCAAGCACAAGGCGCCAGCGGCACCUGACCCGUCCAGAGCCGACGACGGGCCGCACGGCAAGCGCAAGAGCAAGGCCUCCAUGGAACUGGGGGUGAUGGACAACCCCAACAAGGCUGCGCCGCCUACUGCAAGCGCGAAAGCAAAGCCCCGCAGAAGCUUCUGAACCCGAUGAGCCACGCAGUCACUGAGUUAGUCGUCUCCUUUGACUUGAUUUCGCUAGGAUGAUUCCCCACAUGAGUUAGAAGUUUGGACGGAGGCUUGGCUUGUGAUGCACGAGUAAUUUUGUUUACAUUUUUUGUUCUCUUUUUGACUUGAGGAUCACGCCAUAAUUGUUUUGAACUGUCAAGUGCAUUCAGAACUUGGAUAUGCAUAUGCUCACUGGAUGCAUUCGGAAAAGUUAUUUGAGUA